AUCUAGGGUCCGUUUUGUCUUCCCUUCUUUCUUAUUUAUAUGUCUCCCCCGCCGCCGGCAGUAACUCAAUUGCCUUCGAUCGCGCACAGCCUCCACCCUGCUCCGCCGCCGCCGCCUCCGCUUUGCAACCGCUACCGUCCGCCAUGGACCCGGCCAAGUUGGACGAGCUCCGGGAGAAGGAAAGGAAGGCGGAACUUAUGGCGCAGUUGAAGCAGCUCAAGGCGGAGCUGAAGGAACUCAGGGAGGGGCGGUCUCUCCCCGGGGCCAACGCUGCCCCCACCGAGCAGAUGGAGAAGUUUUGGGAGAUAACGAAGGAGCAGAAGGCGGCGCUGCGGGAGGCGUACAAACCACGCAGCCUACCACUCAUCCUCCGUCCCAACUCCCAACAACAAGACCCGCGCUGCACCGCUGCAUCACCAACAGAUACCACUGGUUUUGGAUCAUACAAAUGGGAUGGACGUAUCUUCUCUGAAGAUGGAGAAGCUUUCUCUGAAGAUGGAGAUGUUGGAUCCAGCAGGAUCAACUAGCUCUAGUUUGAGCCACAAAAGAAUAAGAUCAGAAAUACCUUGGUCUGAAGAUGAUGCCAUGCCUCCUCUUGUUUAAUUGCUCACACCAGGAUGGAGCAAUUUGUGCUAGGUUCUUCCUAGUGCUUUAGUGCUAGCCUGAUCGGUGGCUUGUUCUUGAGAGAGAGUGUGUAAGAGAGAAGGCAGAGAGCAGCAGCCGUCUUCCACCUCUCCUCUUCUAGGUCAUUUG